GACACCGGAAUUCAAGGCGCUUAAAGAGAUGCGCAACCUCGCCUGAAUCAGUAUCUAGCAACAGGUUCACUAGGAAGACAAGGUAUUCUAUCUCCAGCAACACAAUGCAGUCCAUCAUGGCUCUCGGUCUUUCAGCUCUCUGUGUGGUGCUUUACUUCAGCGUUGCAAAUGCUGCAAGUGGCGACUGCGGAACUUUCUCCAAGGCUAAGUUCGACGUCUGUGUUGCCGCCUUCUCCACUGCCAACGUCCUCAACUUGAACGACCGUAAAGCCCUAAUCGAGGCGGGCAACACUACCUGUCCUACCGAUAUCCUGUCUAAGAGUUGCACAUCCUUCAACGUCAUGAUCAAAUGUGUCAACGCUUUUGGUUUCCCCGAGGGAUGCGAGAUGGAGAUGGACAAGGAACUCAAGAACCAACAGUUUGAGUGCACAUACAAGGAGCUAGCGAUGUUGUGCCCUGAUGCCACUACAAUCGGAGGUGCAGCCGGCGCCAUUGCAAGCAUGUCUCUUCUCGCAGCCUGCCUCAUUGCCGCCAUCUUCAGAUUUUAAACAUACACCAACAAGUUCUUUUAGCAGGAAGGCGCCCAGAUUCUUAGGCUUCACAGAAACAACUUGACAAGAAAAUCUCUACAAGAGUAAACAUCAGUUAGUCGUUAGACGGAUAGAAUUCUUUUCUCAAAAAUGAAAAGAAACUACACAAUAUAAUCACGUGGGUAAAGAGACCGCCUCGGUCUAUGAUUUUACCUCAACAAACAUGUGCUGGAGCCCUUCGCGUCAAUCGGAGUUACCUCCCUUCCACAACGCUUGCCCUCACAAUGCUCUGUCAAUACCCGAGAUUCUUCCAUUUCGAAUCUUGUUAGUGCAAUUAUAAUAUGACAAUAAUUUGUACCCAUAAUAGCAUAUGUGCCUUCUCUGAACCUAUGCUAAAUGUUUGUAGUCAUUUUUAUCAUUUUUGUUUAUAUUAAAGGAGGAAUUGUGUUGGUUUCGCUGAGGCCCAUGAUGGUCUGUGAAGCAGGUCCGAUAUGGUAUUAUCCUGAAUAUUCGUAGCAUUCUUAAUGGUACUUGUAAAAACCCGGAAUUUCGAUAAUGUUUUGACACAUGGUUGUUUACACAUUGAACUCAUACAGAAAACUCGUAUCAAAAUCCUUCUUUUAUUUUUUUAAUAAUUUACAUCGUAUGUAUAUAUCUGUCUUUGAAUUGAGAUAUAAACAUAUUAACAUAUA